AACUGAUGGUUACUAAUAUCUUUAAAGCGCCUGAAGUGCCCAGGAAGGCUGCUCGAGAAGAAAAAGUACCUGUGGUCACUGCCAAAGCACCUGAGCCUCCAGCAGCCAGAGUGCCUGUGAUGCCGGAGGCAGAGGUCCUGGAAGAGGAAGAGGAAGAAGAAGCACCGGAAGAGGCAGUACCAGUGGCAGAGCCUGAAGAGCCAGAAGCUGCUCCAGCUGAAGUGCCUGAGGUGGUUGAGGAGGAGGAGCCAAAAGAAGAGGUUCCAGUGGUUGUUCCUAUGAAGCCUGAGGCGGUGAUCAAGAAGGCUGUGCCAGUGCCUAGGAAGCCUGAGGCAGUGACCAAGAAGCCUGAGGUGGUGCCCAAGAAGCCUGUGCCAGUGCCCAAGAAACCAGAGCCUGUGGCUGUGCCCAAGAAACCAGAACCUGUACCUGUUCUUAAAAAACCUGAGGUUCCUCCAUUGAAAGCACCAGAAGUGACAGCAAGAACUGUCCUAAAGGAGAAAGUGAUUGUUGAGACACCUAAAAAGCCAGAAUUCAGAAAACCAGUGCCUCCUCCAACCGAAGGUAUAUAUGUCUUGAAGGCACUUUCUUAGAAUGUCUUUUCUGUUUCUCUUUCCUUUGUUUAUAACUGUGUCUAUACAAUGUGUCUUGUUUGCUUCCUGUUCAGAACACAUUCUUUUGUUGUUAUGGACACUGUUACUCACUGUUAUUUUCUUUGUGGUAGUUGUCAUUUUCUUUUUAUGUUUCAUUCACACAUUUAUUUGCAUGUAAAUAAAAUGUAUUAAUAUUUUUUGAAGUGCUUGAGGUCCCCAAGAAAGUUGCCUCAGGGGAGGAAGUACCUGUUGCUCUUCCUAAAGUACCUGAACCUCUACCAAGUGAAGGUAUUAUUGUAAAGACAAUUUAACUAUUAUUCCAAAUGUAUGCUUUAAAAAAAAAAAUUCUUCUUUUUUCCCUAUUCUAGUUCUUGUAUUUUGUUCACUUCACAUUUUAGAUUAUACCAAUUUAUGUUUUUGUCUCUUCUAUUACAGUUCCAUAGGAGAGAGCUAAAUAUUACUUUAAAUAUUUUCACAUAGUCCUAUGUUGGGUAUUCUUAAGAGUAUCUUUUAUCAUUCAAUUUUAGGCAAUAAUCAAUUCUCACUAAAUUCACAUUUCUUAAGACCUAGUAUUUCUAUUGCUGUAAUCUUAAAUUAACUAAGAACAUUCAAGCUUUUAUUUUCUCCAGUUAUAAAUACUCAUCCAAAAUUUAUUUCGUUUAU